CUUUAUAUUUGGUACACAAUACUCUAAUUUAUUGGUAUAGAUUUCUCCAAAAAUGAUGAUUUAGCUGAAUAAUCUAGUAGCUUGAUUCAAUUACGUUUAUUUUUGGGAUAUAAUCAUACUCCUACACCCCCCUUGGCAUCUUGGCAUCUAGGCAUAUUCAUUAUCUAAUAAUUUUAUUUAGAUAGUACAACCAUUCCAUUAUUUCAAUAUUAUUAACAACGCACAUUGUUUUCCUUGUCUACUCACUAUAUAGUUUUCCCUAAUCCCUACCUCUUCAUCUUCUCAAAACCUAUAAUUGAUUGUAUUCAAUUCCUUAAGAACCCUAAAUCAUCUAGAAUUCUGGCAUCACCCUUUUCAAUUUGUAAAUGGAAGCUGAUGUUUCUAUCUUUAAAACCCUAAUUUUGUUGUUUUGAAUUAGGAAAAUUUGCCAAUCUUCUGUUUAAUUUUAGGGCUUUCAUUUUCUGGGUUUUUCCUGUUUACUCUCUAGUCUAAUACAUCAGUUGAAAAAUCUGAAUUCUGUUUUGUGGGUUUUGUGGAAUUUAUGUUUUACUGGGUGAAACUAAAAUAUAUUGUCAGCUUUUGGUAGAAAUAAGAAUACUUCAAAGGGGUUUGCCUGUUUGUUGCUACAUCAGAUUUGGGUGUUUAUUUUUUUUGAAUAAAAUUGAUAUGGGUAUUGAAGUUUUCCGACUAAUUGUGUUAUUUAGUUUGUCUUUGAUCAUGAUGUUGGGUUUUUCUUUCGCUUCUGUGGUUAUUAAUGGAGGAAAUUUCACCCUUCAAUUUGAAGACAUUGAAGCUAACUUUGCACCACCAUUGAGGUCUGCCGGUUUAUGCGGGGAAUUGUACAUAGCUGAGCCUCUAGAUGCUUGUUCACCAUUGAAUAAUACAGUGGAACACCAUGGAAAUUGCUCAUCCCCAAUUGCAUUGAUCAUUAGAGGUGGAUGUAGCUUUGAAAAUAAAGUUAGGAGAGCACAGAAUGCAGGUUUUGAAGCUGUGAUUAUAUAUGAUGAUGAGGAUAGUGGUGCUUUGGUUGCAAUGGCGGGAAAUCCUGCUGGUAUUAAAAUCCACGCGGCAUUUGUUUCGAAAGCAACUGGAGAAAAAUUAAGGACGUAUGCUAAUUCUGGCGUCGAAGUGUGGAUGCUAGCUAGCUAUGAAAGUUCCGCAUGGUCAAUAAUGGCAAUUUCCUUCAUUUCUCUACUAGCAAUGUCUGGUUUGCUGGCAACUUGUUUUUUCGUUAGAAGGCACCGUGUUAGACGUGAAAGGCCUCAAGCUCGAGUUCGCGAAUUUCAUGGGAUGAGUAGUCGACUAGUCAAAGCUAUGCCAAGCUUGAUAUUCACUGCUGUAACUGAGGAAAAUUGCACCGCAUCAACCUGUGCCAUAUGCCUUGAGGACUACAUUGUUGGAGAUAAGCUCCGAGUUUUGCCUUGUCGUCAUAAAUUUCACACGUUUUGUGUGGAUGCUUGGCUCACCUCAUGGAGAACAUUUUGCCCAGUUUGCAAACGAGAUGCAAGGACUAGUACCGGUGAACCUCCCGCAUCAGAAUCUACACCAUUGCUCUCAUCCAACCCAUCGUCUGUUGCUUCUUCACCUUUCUCUUCAUUUAGAUCCUCAUCAGUACGCUCCUCCGCAAUGCAAAUAGCUUCACCAACUCCACAAUCCCAUCCAACUUCUCAAAAUAACUCGAUUUCAAGUAGUCGUCAAAUACCCCGUCAUCCCAACUCAUAUCAUAGUCGGCAUUCUCCUUCUAUAAGUAUAAGUCAAAGCUCCAUGGACCUUAGGAAUAUGUCCUCUCAAAGGUCAUACACUUCUCAGUAUAUUUCCCCUAGUUCGAUGGGCUACCCGUCUAUCUCACCUCUCAAUACUAGAUACGUGUCUCCGUAUAUUCCAAGUCCUAGCAAUGCUUCAUCAAGCUUUCUCGGAUCUUCUUCUAUGAGAUAUCUGACUCCAUUGCAUUAUAGCGAAUCUGCUGCGAGUUUUUCUCCAUAUAACUCUGCACAUUCCCUUCCCGGAUGCUGAUUUACGUGUGAUCUGUAACGGUUAUACAUCUAAGCUGCCAUUUCGCUUACAUUCUGGACUAUGUUUGUGACAUUGAGUAGUUCUAUCUGACCUCUAACGUAUACCUACCUAUCCUUUUACCCAUUUCUGUGUAUAUUAUAGCAUAAGAGACUAGAGAGUGUUGGAUUUUUCUUCCUUUCGCUACCGUUGUUUAUUUGUAAUGGGUUUCAUGAAUCCAAGGAUCCAAUGUUUGUGUUUAACUAAUUAUCUCUUCGGCCCUCGUUGUUUGUUCC